CAUCCAUAAAAGUUUGUUUUAUUUUUUCUCCUUGCUUUUAAUUUCAUGCCAAUUCUGCUUCUAUCGAAUGAAAGUGCUUUACAGUGUCACGCAUAAGUCACGCUGAAACAUUAAAUCAUGUAUGAACCCCCAUAUUAUCAGAUCAAUUAGCAAACUACGCAAGCCACGAAUUCUCGAAUUAAAAGCUCAAUAUUCCGUGUUGUCCCUAAGAAAACGUAUCGUUUCGAGGAAACCUCGUUCUUUGAUAUUUCUCUCGUAAAGUAGAAACUUUUAGUAGAAGACUUUUAGAAAUAUUAGUAAAAAGAAUUAACCGCCAUGGAGGAAGAGAUAAACUUCCGAGUGGAGAGUAAUCCGACGAAACCAGAAAAUACAUUACGUCCAAUAAUGUAUAUUUCUUGGUUGUUAGGAGUCGGAGUGGCUAGGCCGAAGAAUUGUCCAAAAUGGAUCACCGUCAUCCUGCGAGUGAUCCAUUUCAGCGUGUGCUCGGUGAUCAUCGCGUUCAGUGCAAUGGACUUUGCAAAUUUUGGCAAACAAUUCACCAGCAAGUUAUUCGAAAUUAUGUACUGCAUGAACGAAACUGUGUGCCAUCUCGCAGCCUAUUACUACGUUUGUCAUAUAAUAAGACAUUACGAUAAAUGGCCUGAAUUGAUGAAGAUGUUGGAAUCGUUGAAUCAAAAUAUUAGCAAAGGGUUGUCGAUCAAUGAUGAAUGCGUGAAGAUCAGCCAAAUCUUGGCCAUUAUAAUAGCGUUAUUAUGUGGUCCAGUGUCGCUAGCUGUUCAUAUCCUUUAUUAUUAUUUCAUUGCACCUGAUCAGAUCUUUGUUUCCGAUCUGUUUCUCUAUUACACGAUCGCGCAAACUUUAGUAAACAGCUUCGUGUUCGAUGUCAUCGUAUACAUGAUCUGCCACAAAUUUAGAGCCAUCAACGAGAUGAUCAAACAGUUAGAUGAAAAACUAACAUCCUAUUGGAUCGCCUUAAAGAUCAGAAGAAUUAGAAGACUGCAUAAUGAGAUAUGUUCCAUAAUAAUGACAGUGAACGAAAUUUAUGGUAUUGAUCUGCUAUUGUGUUCUACGAACGCUUUUAUAAUGGUGGUCGCGAAACUGUUUAGAAUCUACAUGAGCGCCGCGGAACAGAAAAGUGGUUUCAUAUUUCUGAACAACGUGAUCUGGAUAAUUUAUGUGUUUCAAUUCAUUUUGAUGUGUUGGCUGUGUACACUGAUCCACCGAGAGAUAGAUAAAAUUGGGCUAUAUAUCAGUAAAUUUAUACUGAACACACAACACUCGACGAAAUUUAACAAAUUGUCUUGCUUCGGUAACAAAGAGCCGGAGCAGUUAGGAAUCUUCAAUAAUGAAUGCCGUGGUAAUGUCGCCUUGAACUUGAAUGGAUUCGGAAUGGAAAGUCUUCUGCGAUCAACUUUCGAACAAGACUGUGUUCGAAACGAAAUCAAUGAUUUCUCAUUGCAACUGAAACAAUAUAGAAUUACGUUUACUGCGUGUGAUUUCUUUGAAAUGAACAAUUCUUUGCUAACAAGAUUUAUCAGCGUUAUCACCACGUACUUGAUCAUUCUGGUACAGUUCUAUAAGCCAGAAGGUUUCUGAAUAUCAAGAAUGAAAAACAUUGAUAAAUCUGUCGAAAUAAAUC